AAGAAAACAAAUGGACUCGCCUUGAUCGCUUGGUUUCGCAUCGCAUCCCAUGGCAUGGCUGAUCGCACAACGACCCUCAGCGUGCGCAGCUUGGACGAUGGCAUAGGCGGCUUCGACUUCUUGCUGGGUAGCGAGGCGUCAGACCACCUGACGCUGAGCAGUGAUGGCCAGGACAGCCCUUCGGAUGCAAAUGACUCAAAGCUGGAGGAAGCCCUGGUGCAAGAGGAAGCGGUUUUCUCCAGUGCUUUGCACCGAGCAGCAGACACUGCGAGCAUCUCAGUUUCAAAGAGCUCCGCGAGUGGAGUGGCGGCGCAUGUGGCAGAAGACAAGAUGAUGAAUGUGCUGAACGGUUUGGCGCAGGCCCCGGGAACAGGCAGUCUACCGCCGCGCGGAACGGAGGAUAGUGCCGUGCAAGGUAUCGCAGAUUGGCUGGCUUUUCCAUCAGGCGCUUUGGCCGAGAGCAAUUCCGAGCAAGAGGUCCUAUGGUCUUGCGACCAGUCGCCAGCCAGCGAGCCGCCGGCGCCGGAGGCCGCGCAAGAUUGGAGGGCUGCAAUCUCCCGGGCUAGAAGGCUUGCACAGGAGAGCGAGCAGAGACAAAAGAGCAAGACAGAAAGUCGGGUAUGGAUAGAUGGCCAUGGCAGAGCCAAUGACAUCCCCGGGAUCGAUGCUCGCCAAGAGACUGCAGAAGCUCGCCAAGAACCUAGCCCAUCAGGAGGCUCCCAUAGACGGGAGACAGUCUCAGAUCUCACACAAGAUGUAGAGAUGCGGUCAGACCUCGACGAGGAGGCUGCAGCACAUGUGGAACAUCCAGGAUUUCUGGAAGCUGAGGCGCCAAACUCCGGCAGCAUUGUGUCUUCACGGGUGACCAGCGCCAGUGCUGGGCAGGUUAUUGCGGAUUGGCUGGCUGCAGCAGUCAGUGCCGAGCAUCUUCCAAGAGGGAUUUUUUUGGACUUGGAGAGCAACUCUGGACAAGAGAUGCCUUGUUCCGACCAGUCGCCAACACGAAGCGAUGAGAUGCAAGCUGAUGCUGGAGCACAAGGGCAAUUCACAGAUUGGACAGCUGCACGAUCUGAGACAAGAUGGCUUGCGCGGGAACCAGGACAAACCAGCAAAGAAGCAAUGCAAAGCGGGCUUCAACAGAUGAACGGUCUUCAGAAUAGCAGUCUAUCCUCUGCCAACAUGCAAAGAAAGGUAUCCGAAGAGGGGAGCCAAGAUGAGACAUGUGAAGUCCCCAAUCCUUGCCCAGAGCCGGUGCCAGAGGUGUCGCACGGCUUGGAGGUUCCAUCCAUCGAGAAGAUUCCAUCGCAGGCCAUCCGCAAGUUCGAGAAAGGAGUCCGGGAGAUCCUGUCCAAAGAGGCAGACCUCGCUGCCAAGGAAAGGCCUGGCUUUGGUCCUGGUGACCUCAAGCCAGGACUUGCACAAGAGGAGCCCAGCGCAGCCAGUGACCUCAAGCCAGAAAUCGUGCAAGAGGGGCCAAGGCACAGUGCACUUGGUGACCUCAAGCCAGGGCUUGCACAAGAGGAGCCCAGGGCAGCCAGUGACCUCAAGCCAGAGCUUGUGCAAGAGGAGCCAAAGCAAAAUGCACUUGGUGACCUCAAGCCAGGACUUGCACAAGACGAGCCCAGGGCAGCCAGUGACCUCAAGCCAGGGCUUGCGCAAGAGGAGCCCAGGGCAGCCAAUGACGUCAAGCCAGAGCCAAGCGCAGCCAGUGACCUCAAGCCAGAUCUUGUGGAGGGGCCAAGGCACGAUGCACUUGCACAAGAGGAGCCCAGGUCAGCCAGUGACCUCAACCCAGAGCUUGUGCAAGAGGAGCCAGAGCAAAAUGCACUUGGUGACCUCAAACCAGGGCUUGCACAAGAGGAGCCAAGCGCAGCCAGUGACCUCAAGCCAGAUCUUGUGGAGGGGCCAAGGCACGAUGCACUUCGUGACCUCAAGCCAGGGCUUUCACAAGACGAGCCCAGGGCAGCCAGUGACCUCAAGCCAGAGCCUGCGCAGGAGGAGCCAAAGCACAAUGCACUUGGUGACCUCAAGCCAGGACCUUCACAAGAGGAGCUGAGCACACCCAGUGACCUCAAGCCAGAAAUCGUGCAAGAGGGGCCAAGGCACAAUGCACUUGGUGACCUCAAGCCAGGACUUGCACAACACGAGCCCAAGGCAGCCAGUGACCUCAAGCCAGGGCUUGCACAAGAGGAGCCCAGGGCAGCCAGUGACCUCAAGCCAGAGCUUGUGCAAGAGGAGCCAAAGCACAAUGCACUUGGUGACCUCAAACCAGGGCUUGCACAAGAGGAGCUGUGCACACCCAGUGACCUCAAGCCAGAAAUCGUGCAAGAGGGGCCAAGGCACAAUGCGCUUGGUGACCUCAAGCCAGGACUUGCACAAGACGAGCCCAGGGCAGCCAGUGACCUCAAGCCAGGACUUGCACAAGACGAGCCCAGGGCAGCCAGUGACCUCAAGCCAGGGCUUGCGCAAGAGGAGCCAAGGGCAGCCAGUGACCUCGAGCCAGGACCUUCACAAGACGAGCCCAAGGCAGCCAGUGACCUCAAGCCAGGACUUGCACAAGACGAGCCCAGGGCAGCCAGUGACCUCAAGCCAGGGCUUGCGCAAGAGGAGCCAAGGGCAGCCAGUGACCUCGAGUCAGGACCUUCACAAGACGAGCCCAGGGCAGCCAGUGACCUCAAGCCAGGACUUGCGCAAGAGGAGCCCAGGGCAGCCAGUGACCUCAAGCCAGGGCUUGCGCAAGAGGAGCCAAGGGCAGCCAGUGACCUCGAGCCAGGACCUUCACAAGACGAGCCCAAGGCAGCCAGUGACCUCGAGCCAGGACCUUCACAAGACGAGCCCAGGGCAGCCAGUGACCUCAAGCCAGGACUUGCGCAAGAGGAGCCAAGGGCAGCCAGUGACCUCAAGCCAGGACUUGCGCAGGAGGAGCCAAGGGCAGCCAGUGACCUCAAGCCAGGACUUGCACAAGACGUGACGGAAGAUGUUCUUCGUGUAAGGGCGCUGCAGCCCCAAACGCUCAGCGGCUGGGAUGCUUGGAAUGGACUGGUUGUCUCAGACAGGCCUGAUCGACCACCACGAGCUCGCGCAGCUUGUGUCCAGGCCAGCCGGAGCGAGCCGGAAUUUCUGCAGGCGCAACGCGCUCAGCUGGUCCAGAUCCAGCGAGGAGAGCAGUGGAUUGCGGAAGCCAGGCAGCGCAGGGCGAAACCAAAAGCGCGGCCGAGCACGGCCGGCCCAUGCCGCCUGCUGCCGCCGUCUCUGACGCCGCAGCGGAAGCGCAGCAUCUCCCACGGGCACUCCGAGGCGGACCUGGGCCCUCGAGAGGCCAACCGCCGCCGCAGCUUGUCGGGGCACGGGGAGGUGCCGGAGCUCUUCCAGCGCCGGCGCUCCGUGCGGGCGCUGACGGCCUUCAAUUCCCAGGAGGCCAACUUCGCAGAGCGGCUGGCGGAUGCUCAGCACGCGCUGCGGGCGAGGUCCAUGAGCCAUUCACAUGGCAUAGGACUCAGGACUUGGGCUGUGCCUUGGGCCGAUUCGGGCAGCGAGAGCGAGGCAACUGAGCGCUUCUCGAUCAAGGGGGUGAUGGAGGCCAAGAAGGCCGCGGAGGCGGCGGCGCUGGCGGCCGCGAAGGAGGCCGAAAGACGAAAAGAAGCCGAGAUCGACAAGUUCAUCCAGCUGGUCUCCGACCAGGCAGAGAUGGCGCAAGAGGCUGCGCUGGCACGGGCCGAUGUGCCGACACUGCCAGAGAUCUCUGUGGAGCUGGCUGAAGUCCAAGCAGUGGUUGCCGAAGCCAGCAGGUGUGGCGGACUUCAAGAGGAGGAAGCUAUCCCCUUUGUGAGCAAACUGCAUGGACAAGAAGCUAUGUCCGUGAGUGCAAUGGAUGGACCAGCGCUGAGUGGACUGGAUCCGGCUGUGUCCCAGUCAGAGUCCAGAAGCGACUUCUAUGCCUUGGAGGCCGCGCAAGAGGAGUUCGUCCACCUGGCGGAACCCGUCCAGGUCCAGACCAGAGCUUCGCUCCCGCCGCUUGAAAGGCCCGCGCCGGUCAGCUGGGGAGAGGCGAGGCUCGACAAGUUGGAUGCCGUCGAGGCGGAGAAUUGUGCGGCGGACUCCCAUCCCCAGCCCCGCCCAAGCGAGGCGCAGGUCGCCGCGCCCGAGGGCCAAAUCGAGGGGCUGCACAUUGCCGCCCCCAAUUUGGUUCUUGGCGGCGCGCUGGCUCAGUCGGAGCACUUGGAGCUUCGACAUGGGCAGAACCAGGUCGGCCAAGACGGCUUUAGCAGCAUUCUUCCUGAGCAAGAUGUCCCGAGUGUCGACUCCUCGUCGAGGGCAGGAGCUUGUACAGUCUGCACCCGCGCCCUCAAGGUCUUCUGCGCUUUGGCAAGCGGCCGCAGCAGCCAGGUGCACCGUUACGCGGAGAGCGACCAAGAGCCUGAAGAUUGUCUGCCUGGACCUCCAGCUGUUCCGGAAGCGUGUGCCGUGGCGUGGCCCACAUGGCCCACAGUCCUCGCAUCCAACGCGUCCAGGAGCACCCUCUUGGGCUCUGCAUCCCCACCAGGCAAGAGACGACUGAAAGAGCAUUUGCAUUCAGACUAUGUCUUCAAAGACGAGGAGCAGAGGGCACAACAGCAAAUGCUCCAAGAUGCCUUGGAUGCGAGCGACGCGCUCCAGGACGCGGCAGACUCGCCAGAGCUUGCCGUGCCGACUCCAAUGCCCAGAGGUUGCCGAUCUCCAAAGAGCACAGGAGAGGAGAAGGUAGAUGCGUCUCGAUCUCCGUCUCCUAAAGCCAAGACGGCCAUCGCUCAAUCUCGAUCUCCGUCCGCGGCCAUGAAGGCCGACGCUCAGUCUCGAUCUCCGUCUCCUGCCAAAGCCAUGAUCGAACUUCCGCACAGACUGGAGUCAGCUGCUGUAGAACUGCACAGAUCGCAGGACCAAGACGCGAGGCCUAGGCGCGGGACGGCUGCGAGCUUCCUUCACUUCCAGGAGCCGGAGCUGCCCGAGCUUGAGCCGCCAGGCCGGCCAACGUUGCUGCCGACGGGCAGCCCUCGCACUCGAGCUGGUGGAAAGCAAGGGAAGCCUGAAGAUCCCUGGGGCAAGAAGGCCGAUGUCAAUACCGGAGCAAUCUCCGAGACUGAGGCACCAUUGUCCGUGAGGGUCAGAAUGGCACGUAGCAAUCAACGUGGCGGGCGUAAAGUCUUCAAGGAGCAAUUCGAGAAGUCGCUUCUUUCUCGAAGAUCCCCCGUGAAAGUCACGCGCAGGAUGGGGAAGCACGAGUGGCCGGACCUUUGUCUUGCGUCGUGUGUCGAAGGACUUGAUGGCCAACCUGCUUUUCACCUAGGUUGGGGUGCGAGCGAUCUGCCACGCCACAUCGCGGUGGGCCGUUUGGAGCUCCAGUGCGUACCUUUGGGCCAGGCAGAGGUGGGUCUGGCAAUGCACGAGCUGCGGCAGUGGCACACUCUCCAAAGCUCUGGUAUCAAGGUGCUGUAUGCCACUGGUCCCUCCACGCUCUUUGCGAGAGCGGAAAGAUGUGUGCAGAGGUUUGCAGCACACGUGGGCAAUGCCCAGACGCCGGCUAGAGUUUACCUGACUGGCAUGGCAGCUGGCGAUGCAGUAGCUCUCAGGCUCCGGGCCUGGCUUCGAUCGGAGAACAGCUGGAGCGCCUUCGGCAGUGUCCUCGUGCUGGUGUUGCCUUGUGCCGAGCCUCAAGUUGAAACCGGCGGCUGUCAGCGAUUGCUCGCAAGCCUUCGUGCGACGGCACAUCCAGGCGAUGCCUAAGACUGGAGGCGUAUCGCCAUCUCAGGACUCGUUUAAGACUCUCUGUGGAAAACCAUGUAUAGCCUUCCUCACU